AUGGGUAGAAACGCCAAGACUUUGCUCUUCGCCGUCCUGGCCAUCUUCACAACCUCCUUUGUCGCGCUCACGGUGUAUGACCCACGGCUCGUCAAAUUCCAUGUAGUCGAUCGUUUCAAAGAUCUUACAUACUCCGCGCCGAAGCCGAAUCAUGUCGAUAACACUGUUGUCGAUGCUAUUUUACACGAUACCCAAAUCGAGCCUUCGGGGAACGACACGGUGACCCCGUUCUCACCUCACGAUGAGCGUAAUUUCAUCAUGACCGAGCAGCAAUGCGAGGCUUCAUUCCCGGGGCUAUAUGUUGAAAUUGAGCGUGCAGUGGAGGAUCGCAGGCCGAGGCCCAUCACGCUGGAUGAGCUGGAAUCGGUCACGCACUCGGCAUUUGGAUAUUUCAGGGGGAUUAUUUACAACCAGGAAUUGUAUGUGAUCAAAAUGCUGGACCCGAACUUCUCCCGUGGAUUUGCAACUCUCAUGGCCAUGCACCGUGCCAUCGUGACGUCUCCGGAACCCCUUCCGAAUAUCGAGUUCACAUUGAAUACCGCCGACUAUAUCGACUUCGAACAAUCGGCUGCCACGUGGACUUACGCGCGUCGUUCGAACGAGACUGUUAACUGGCUUAUGCCGGACUUUGGAUACUGGUCCUGGCCGGAACCCAAAGUCGGUUCUUAUAAUGAAGUUCGACUUAAAGCCCGUCUUGCUGACGAAGCUAUUCCCUGGGAGAAGAAGAUUCCAAAGAUUGUUUGGAGAGGCGCCACGCUUAAGCUCCCCGUUCGUCUAGCUCUUCUGAACCAGACUAAAGGUGCAGCGUGGGCUGAUGUUAAAGCCCUCGAUUGGCAGAGUGCCGAAAGUAAGGAGAAGAACUUGCUGAGUAUGUCGGAUCACUGUCAUUACCGUUUUGUAGCCCACACGGAAGGCCAUUCAUACUCCGGACGGUUAAAAUACCUACAACAAUGUCGAUCUGUCGUUGUAGCGCACAAACUGGAUUGGAUACAACACUAUCACUCCCUGCUGAUACCGGACGGCCCGAAUCAGAAUUAUGUGGAAUGUAAUAGAGACUUUUCGAACCUUGAAGCUGUGAUGGAGGAAUUAAGAUGGGAUGAAGAGAAGGCCAAAAGAAUUGCGGAUAACUCCGUGAAAACGUUUAGAGAGCGGUAUUUGACACCCGCUGCUGAAGCUUGUUAUUGGAGGAAGUUUAUAAAGGGGUGGAGGAGCGUGAGUUUUGAGCCGAAGUUGUUGGAUGAGAAAGGUAAUAUUCGGGGUGUUCCGAUUGAGUCGUUCAUACUGGAGAGAAGAACAGAGUGGGAUCCGUAUUGA